AUGCUGACUACGACCCUGCUGCCCUUUGGGCUGCCCGCUCCGGCCCUGCUGCCUUACCCCGGCCCCCCGCCCCCCGGACACUCCCCCAAGGCUCCGGCGGGGAAAUCCUUCACCAUCGACGCUCUCCUGGGCCGGUCAGAGCCCUCGCCGCCGCCGCUGCCUCCUGGCGCCGGGCGCUGGGACCCCGGCUGGCCAGACAGCGCCUGGCCGGGCGGUGCGCUCCAGCUGUGCGCCCAGGCGCAUCCCCUCCUGCAGCCUCGGCCGCUCUACCCCGUCUGCUACCCGGCCCUGGCGGGCUGGCGGGCCCCUCUUAGAGCCCCAGGGUAUCUGCUCUCCAAAUGCUGCUUCCCAGGCUUCAGAGCCAAGUCGGGCAAAUCCAAGCGGGUCAGGACCAUCUUCACCAGCGACCAGCUGGCCCGGCUGGAGAAGGAGUUCGCCCGGCAGCAGUACAUGGUGGGCACCGAGCGGUGUCUGCUAGCCUCCGCUCUGCACCUCACCGAGGAGCAGGUAAAAGUCUGGUUCCAGAACAGACGGAUCAAGUGGAGGAAGCAGAGCCUGGAACAGCAACAAGCCAAACUGGUGAAGAUGGGUCUGGCCACUCCUCAACGGAGCCGGGAUUCACAGACCCACCAGGGAGAGGAAGGGGACAGGGACUUUACCAAGGAAUCUACCGAUGAUCAGGAAGGUUUGUCCUCCCCUCACUUGGAGUAA